GAUCCUCUGGUUGGCACUGUUACCCCCGCUCGACCCCAGGCUCCGCGCGUGCUCCAGACGGAGCAGUCCCGCCUACGCUUGUCUCCCUCCCGUUGGCCGCUGGGUCCGGGUCCCAAACCAGAGGGGUGGACGUGGCUUCCAGAAGUGGAGGCCAAAAAAGCAUGUCAGUGGCUCCGAGCAGCAGGAUUUCCUCAGUAUGCUCAGCUUUUUGAAGAAGGUUCAUUUCCCCUGGAUAUUGGCUCUGUGAAGAAGGACCACGAUUUUCUGGACGAGGACUCUCUGGGGGCCUUGAGCAGGAGGCUGAUGACCUUGAACAAUUGUGCCUCGAUGAAACUGGAGGUGCAUUUUCAGUGCAAGCAGAAUGAAGACUCAGAGGAGGAACAGCAGUGCACCAUCAGCAGUCAAUGGGCCUUCCAGAGGGAAAGCAAGCGCUGGUCUCGCAUGGGCUCCUCUGAUCUGCUGGCCCCACCGAGCCCUGGCCUGCCAGUGACCUCCAGCUGUGAGAGCGUCCUCACUGAGCUGAGCACCACCUCCCUGCCGGCCAUCACUGUGAGCUUGGCAUCCGAGCCAGCAGACUUGCCCUUGCUGGGCUGUGCCCCUAGCCCAAGUGACCGGCCCCUUCUCAGCCCGACCCAGGGCCAGAAGGGACCCCGGGACAAAACCAAGAAGCACCGUUCCCGCAGCUUCCUCAGGCAUCUCGAGUCUCUGAGGUGGAAGGAGAAGAAUGGCAGUUGGCACACAGAGUCCAAACCUAACCCAGCUGCCUCGGAGAAGGCUGCCAAAGCCUCAUCUUUCCGCAGUUGCCGAAGCUUCCUAUCUGCUGGAUUCUACAGGGCCAAGAACCGGGCAGCCACCUCGGCCAAUGGUAGUGGCACCGAGACGCAAAGGCCCUGGGAGGCCUGGCCGGUGGCCAUGUUCCGGCAUCCUCAGCAGGUCCACCGGAGUGACUGCCUUGUGCAUGUGCCCGGGGACCACAAACCGGGCACAUUCCCUCGUUCCCUGUCCAUCGAGAGUCUGUGUCCUGAGGAUGGACACCGCCUGGCAGACUGGCAAGCAGGUGGGCGCUGGGGCUACAGAGGGCACCGGGGCUCCUGUGGUUCAACGGGCAGCCACAUCAGUACUUAUGACAAUUUGCCUGAGCUGUACCCAGCUGAGUCCGUGCUGGCUGGGGCUGAAGCCGAAGAUGAGGAGGAGGGUAAGGGCAGCUACACCCACUUGGAUGAUAUCCUCCAGCGUGUGUGGGGUUUGCAGCAGCAGGUUGAGCUCUGGUCUCAGGCCAUGUACCCAGACCUGGAGCCUGGAGACAAGGAGGAGGAAGAAGAUGAGGAAGAAGAGGAGGAGGCUACUCCAUCAGUAGAAAUAGCCACAGUUGAGGUCAAUUGCCAGGCUGAGGCUCUAGCCCAGGUCCAGGCCAAAGUCCAGACAGUAAUCUCAGCUCAGGUGCAGGCUCCCGCCAAGGCCAAGGCCCUGGCACAGGCAGAGGCCCAGCUCCAGGCCCCAGCCCAGUACGAUGAGCAGGAGGCAAAUUCAGGCAGGGAACCCACUUCAGCCUCCAGCCUAUCCGUGGAAGAAGGACACUCCAUCUCUGACACUGUGGCCUCCUCCAGUGAACUUGACAGUAGUGGAAACUCCAUGAAUGAGGCUGAGGCAGCAGGGUCCCCAGCUGGGAUCCAGGCAUCAGCACCCCGUGAACGGCGUGACUCAGGUGUUGGGGCCUCACUUACCAGACCCUGCAGGAAGCUCCAUUGGCACAGCUUCCAGAACUCUCACCGGCCCAGCCUCAACUCAGAGUCACUGGAGAUCAACCGCCAGUUUGCAGGCCAGAUCAACCUCCUGCACAAGGGCUCGUUGCUGCGGCUCACUGCCUUCAUGGAGAAAUACACUGUGCCCCACAAGCAGGGCUGGGUCUGGUCAGUGCCCAAGUUCAUGAAAAGGAACAAGAUGCCAGAUUACCGGGGCCAGCAUGUGUUUGGGGUGCCGCCCCUCAUCCAUGUGCAGCGCACAGGCCAGCCAUUGCCACAGAGCAUUCAGCAAGCCAUGCGCUACCUGCGCAGCCAGUGCCUGGACCAGGUGGGCAUCUUCCGCAAGUCUGGGGUGAAGUCCAGGAUCCAGAACCUGCGCCAAAUGAAUGAGACCUCCCCUGACAAUGUCUGCUAUGAGGGCCAGUCAGCCUAUGAUGUGGCAGACCUGCUGAAGCAGUAUUUCCGGGACCUGCCUGAGCCCAUCUUCACCAGCAAGCUCACCACCACUUUCCUGCAGAUCUACCAGCUCCUUCCCAAAGAUCAAUGGCUGGCAGCAGCGCAAGCCGCCACCUUGCUGCUCCCUGAUGAGAAUCGAGAGGUACUGCAGACCCUGCUCUACUUCCUGAGUGACAUCGCCUCAGCUGAGGAAAACCAGAUGACAGCCGGCAACCUGGCAGUGUGCCUGGCUCCCUCCAUCUUCCACCUCAAUGUCUCCAAGAAGGACAGCACCUCCCCCAGAAUCAAGAGCAAACGCAGCCUGGUUGGCCGGCCAGGCCCUAGGGACCUGAGUGAUAAUAUGGCUGCUACCCAGGGCCUGUUGCACAUGAUCAGUGACUGCAAGAAACUUUUCCAAGUGCCCCAGGAUAUGGUGCUGCAGCUGUGUGGUUCCUACAGUGCAGCUGAGCUCAGUCCCCCCGGCCCAGCCCUGGCUGAGCUGCGGCAGGCCCGAGCUGCUGGAAUAAGCCUGAGCCUCUACAUGGAGGAGAGCAUCCAGGAGCUGCUCCGUGAUGCUGCUGAACGCUUCAAAGGCUGGAUGAGCGUGCCAGGGCCCCAGCGCACAGAGUUGGCUUGCAAGAAGGCAUCGGAUGGGCACCCCCUGAGGAUGUGGAAAGCAUCCACGGAGGUGGCAGCCCCUCCAGCUGUGGUGCUCCACCGUGUUCUGCGGGAGCGGGCCCUUUGGGACGAGGACCUGUUGCGGGCCCAGGUGCUGGAAGCCUUGAUGCCGGGUGUGGAGCUGUACCACUAUGUCACUGACAGCAUGGCACCACAUCCCUGCCGUGACUUCGUGGUGCUGCGGAUGUGGCGCUCGGACCUGCCUCGCGGCGGUUGUCUGCUGGUCUCCCAGUCCCUGGAUCCCCAGCAACCCGUGCCAGAGUCGGGGGUGCGGGCCCUGAUGCUCACAUCCCAGUACCUCAUGGAGCCUUGCGGCCUGGGCCGCUCUAGGCUCACUCACAUCUGCCGUGCUGACCUCAGGGGCCGUUCUCCUGACUGGUACAACAAAGUCUUUGGGCACUUGUGUGCCAUGGAAGUGGCAAAGAUCCGGGACUCCUUCCCCACCCUGAAGUCCGGUGGCCCUGAGACAAAGCUGUGAGCUGCAGGCUGGUCCCAGGGUGGCCCCACCCAGGCCCUCUAGCACCAAGGGAGUAAGGGGAGAACUAAGAGCAGGGCAGGCCUCUGGAUGCUGCUGACAGAGGCAGAGCCCCACUUGUAGCUCCAGCUGCCUGUCGCCCCUUACUUCCCAAAGCAACUCUGCACACCCAAGGGAGUGCAAGAGAACUUGGGUGUCCUGUCUCCACUCCACCAUCACCCCCAACCCUCUUGGUUCUGCCCUCCCAAGAGAGGGGGAUCAUUUUAACGGAAAGAAGGCUGCUGCCCUCCACCUGCCCACAAAGCCACCACUCCAUCCAAAGCCUUCAUAGCUUCCCCACCUGCAGGGGGAAGGAACGAGAGACCAGGGUGUGGUCCCAGCUCCCUGCCAGGGUCCCUUUGAGGUUGGACGGGAGACUCUCGUCCUGCCUUUGGACCCAAUAUUGGCCCUGAAUUGGCUUUUCCAGAGAAAUUGGACUGGAGUGGAUGAGCACUGGGGCAGAGCACAGGGGCAGUCCGAGCCCCCACAUGCUGUUUUUUCUGUGUAAAUACAAUGCUGAUUUUUAUGAGGCUGGUUUAAAGAGUGGACAUUGAUGGGCACCCUAGUUAGGCAACAUGACAAUUUGGGGGAGUUUGGGGUAUGAGAAGGGGAGGGAGACCUUUCUUUCUCAGGUCUCAAGAGACCAAUGAUCCAUUCUUCCCUGACUGGGGACCCAGGCUUUAUCUGCCACUCCCUGGGGUCCCAUCUAGCCUUUGUCCAUGCACUGCAAGCUCAGAUGCCAGGGGCACAAGAGCAGCCUCCUCUCUAUAACAUGAGGUGCGGACCUUCUCAUAAUCUGCUCCCUGGUCAGCUGUCACGCCUGGCCAAGGACCCGGGGGGCUGAAUGGACAGGCUUCCAAAGCCUGACAUCUCUCAGCCCUUGGGCCAACUUCCCCAAACCCAGAAGCCAUGCCUGGAGAGGAAACGGGCUCACUCCCAUGGCACAGGCCUAGCAAAAUCAGAUAUUGGCAAGGAAAUGAGUAUCGAUGUCCAUAUCAUUUUUUCUCCUUUUCCUGCCUGCUGUAGCAUGCUGACAACCCCUGCCUCCAACAGAGGUCUAGCCUCCAAGUCAGGCAGCCAGCCAGGCAGAUGGAAGGGCCUAAUAUCAUCUUAACCAGACAGGGCUUGGUCCAAACAUGGUCUAUCCCACUCACAGUCCAUUGUGGAAUUUGGAUUUCCCGCCGUUCAUAUGGAAAUACAAAGGCCAAUGGGUGCUUUAAUUUCUUUUGUCUGAAUAAACUGGAGUGGGAUGGGUCCCAGUCACCCUAUUCUAA